AUGGAGGGGGGGCGCUUUGAGACCCUGUCUGGACCAGCCUUGACCAGUGCUCCACAGAUCCGUCAGCCGGCAAUGGCAGACAUCGACACGGCCGUAGUUGGGGGCAACUCCCAAGGCGAGCCCUGCGUCUUCCCCUUCAACUUCCUGGGCAAAUCCUACAGCUCUUGCACCUCCGAAGGCCGUGAGGACGGACGGCUCUGGUGUGCCACCACCAGCGACUAUGACGCCGACAAGAAGUGGGGACUCUGCCCUGACCAAGGUUACAGCAUCUUCCUGGUGGCCGCCCAUGAGUUUGGCCAUGCGCUGGGCCUGGAGCACUCCAGCGUGCGCGAGGCACUCAUGUACCCCAUGUACACCUACCUGGCGGACUUCCACCUGCACCCCGACGACAUCCAGGGGAUCCAGUACCUCUACGGGAAAGGGUCAGGCCCACAGCCCACAGUGCCCAGCCGCCCCACUGAAAGCCCCGAUGUGCCUGACCAAAACCCCACGGAGUGGGAUGAGGCGUCCACUACGGACGAAGAGGGCUCCUCCGUGACAGAGACCACCCCAGUGGACCGUCCAGAGGAUGCCUGCAAGGUCCCCGGAUUCGACGCUGUGGCUGAGAUCAAGAAGGAGCUCUACCUCUUCAAGGACGGGCAAUACUGGAGGAAGCUAGCAACGGGAUCCGAGUCCAUUGAGGGUCCGCUGCGGAUCCAGGACACGUGGCCGGAGGUCCCCAAGGUCAUCGACGCCGCCUUCCAGGACAGGCUGACCAAGAAGGUCUUCUUCUUCUCAGGCCAGCGCUUCUGGGUGUAUCAAGGGACACGGGUCCUGGGCCCCCGGAGCAUCGAGAAGCUGGGCAUCGGAAGAGAGGUGCAGAAGAUUGUUGGGGCCCUUCAGCGGAAGAACGGCAAAGUCCUGCUCUUCAGUGGGGAACACUUCUGGAGGCUGGACGUCAAAGCGGAGCAGGUGGACCGGGGAUAUCCACGCCGGACGGACUCCCUCUUCGCAGGAGUCCCCCUGGACUCCCAGAAUAUCUUCCUCUACAAAGGGAAAUACCACUUUUGCCGGGGCCCCUUCUGUUGGCGGAUGACCCCACAGUACCAAGUGGACAAGGUGGGCUACCUGAAGUACGGCAUCCUGAAGUGUCCUGAGCAGUAGGGCCCCUCCGCUGGACCUCACUGGGACCCUCCAGCGCCUUUCCCCCUUGAAGCAUUUUGCCCUGGCUCUGGGGCCCCAGGGCAGUUGUCCAGCUGCAGCUUUAGCCCUGGCUUGGCCGCCACUUGGAAAUGGCCACCAACGGACAGUGCUGGACCCCAGCCCAACUGGGGCAAGGAGUGGACUCUCCAGCCAGGACACUUGCCCGGCCUGUACUGGGAGUCUUGCAACAGCCUUGCUGGUUUGCACUGGGUUCGUACUGCUGCCACAGAGUGGACAGUGUGGUCUUGGGUUGGGUUAGGGAGACUUUCUGCUUGCAAGGGCCCCUGACCCUUGCCAGGAAGAGGAAGGUUAGCCUUCACAAACACACACAAACAUACUCCCAACAGUGUCUCCACCUUCUCUGCACUUGGUUUCAUGUGUCAGCUCUUGCAUCUUGCGCACAUCAUCGGCAAUAAAAGGAAGUCCUGGCCUA